AUGCCUGGCUGCUUUAAACAGACUUUAUUUGCCUUGGCUUCUCUCGUCAGUUUUGUGUCUUUCAUCCUGAUUGCUGUUGCAAUGGGCACCCCGAGGUGGAUGACUGGCAAGACCCUUUGCAAAACGGGAGCCGAUUUGGUCAAUGCCACAGAUCCAGAGCUGGUCAAGUUCAUUGGAGAAAUUCACUAUGGGCUCUUCCGGGGCGGCAAAAUCCGCCAGUGUGGGUUGGGCGGGCGCCGCUCCACGUUCACGGUUUUCCCACACAUGGUGAAAAAGCUGAAUACAGGCCUGCACGUAAUGAUUAUCAUGUUCCUCUGUGUGGCCAUUUCCUUUUCUCUGGUCAGUUUUGGAUUCUGCAUUCUUAACGCAAUAAAAGUUCCUUACCGGGCUAUUAAAGGUCCAGCAGGAGUAUGCCUUUGGAACUUCCUUGCAGGUGGAUUUAUAGUACUUGCAGUCACCAGCUUUAUGGCUGCUGUGAAACUUCAUCACCUCACAGAAAGAAUUGCCAAUUUUCGGGAAAAUGUCUUUCAAUUCGUUAUCUUAGAAGAACGGUUUGAAGACUGUUUUUGGCUUUGUGUGGCAAGUGCCACAGCACAUGCAGUAAAUUUGCUUCUAAUAGCUAUUAGUGUGAUUCAUUUCCCUAAAAUUAAGACUAAAACAGAAGAAGUAAAUGUUACAGCAGAUGAUAUCAUGUACUAG